AUGUUUAAUCUGUUUUAUUCACAUUUUUCCCAUUACUUUAUUCAGUCCAGAUGAUGAACAAAAUAAUCAAAUCCCAAUUUGUAGCAUUUGCAGGUUUACAAAGUAUAAACACCCGUACUAAAUAUUUAACAAGUUGGGGCAGCUAGAUGGUGCAGUGGAUAGAGCACCAGCCCUGAAGUCAGGAGGACCUGAGUUCAAAUGUAAUCUCAGACACUUAACACUUACUAGCUGUGUGACCCUGGGCAAAUCACUUAACCCCAAUGGCUUCAGCAAAAAAAAUAAAAUAAAAAAAUUAACAAGUGGCUAUCCUGGGUGAGCUGGCCCUGACACAGUCUUGCACUAACAUGGUCUCCCUAAACAUCUAGCCCCUUGUGACACUUAAUGUUCAGUAUCCAGCAUGGAAUAGAAAAAAAGAAGAAAACGAUGGGUUCACACAUCAGCAUGGAGGGUUGCCCAGCCACAGACUGAGCGUCCCUAACUGGGGCACCCUGGGCAGGGUCUCCUGUGUGUCUGCUCACAGCCCCACCCACACUGGCACAAUGCCCCCUCCUGGUGCUUUCUAUCCAGACUUAGUCCUCCUUGAAUGUGGACUCGGUCCAUCCGUCCUCCCGCAGUGAACCUGGACUUUCUGUGAGCAGAACAGAGCAGUCAGGCCCUCCCUUUGCGGUUUCCCUGUUUGCUGAGGGCUGCAGCGGGGACUGGCCUGGAAGGGGUGGGGAGAGAGCCUCCCAGCUGCUUGGGGAUUUGCAAACCAGCUCAGGGAGAGCCGGGGUGGGGGUUGGCAGGGGACAGAGCUGGAGACUCGGGCAUUGAGGGAGACAGCCGCUGCCCCAAGGCCUCCAGGACCCUGAGACAUGAGACUGGGGGGCCCCGUGAGAACAACGGAGCAUCUGAGGCGGGCGUGUGCCCGCCAUCGUCCCAGGCAGCCGCCGGCGACCAGGGGCCAGGUCGGAGGGGUGGGCGCGGAGGCUGACUGAAGGCAGGAAGACCCGGCUCCCAGUCCCUGGUUCCCUAGAGGAGGGAAGCGCGAUGGAUAAGUUCCGGAUGAUAUUCCAGUUUUUGCAGUCUAACCAGGAGUCCUUCAUGAACGGCAUCUGUGGGAUCAUGGCUCUGGCCAGCGCCCAGAUGUACUCAGCCUUUGACUUCAGCUGCCCCUGCCUGCCUGGAUACAACCUGGCCUACAGCGGGGGCAUCCUUCUGGCCCCUCCCCUGGUGCUCUUCCUGCUGGGACUGGUGAUGAACAACAACAUCUCCAUGCUGGCCGAGGAGUGGAAGCGGCCCACCGGCCAGCGGCAUAAAGACCCCGCCGUGCUGCGCUAUAUGUUCUGUUCCAUGGCCCAGCGGGCGCUGAUCGCGCCUGUAGUCUGGGUCGCCGUCACCCUGCUGGAUGGCAAAUGCUUCCUGUGUGCCUUCUGUACCGCCGUGCCCGUGGCUGCUCUGGGAAACUCCAGCCACGUCCCCAGCCUGACCCAGCAGGAGGUGGUCAGGCUGCUGGCUCGCAUCCCCUGCCGGGACAUCUAUGACGGGGACUGGCUCCUUGCCCGAGAAGUGGCCGUCAGAUAUUUGCGCUGCAUCUCCCAGGCUCUGGGCUGGACCUUCGUGCUGCUGACCACCCUCCUGGCAUUUCUUGUGCGGGCGAUCCGUCCCUGCUUCACCCAGGCUGCCUUCCUCAAGAGCAAGUACUGGUCCCACUACAUCGACAUUGAGCGCAAGCUCUUCGACGAGACCUGCACGGAGCACGCCAAGGCCUUCGCCAAGGUCUGCAUCCAGCAAUUCUUCGAGGCCAUGAACCACGACCUGACGCUGGGUCACUCUCACCCAGGACCAGCCAAGGCCCCUGCCGAGGGCACGGAGGAGGAGCGAGGGAAGCUCCGUGGCAUUACCGACCAGGGCACCAUGAACCAGCUGCUCAAAAGCUGGCACGACUGUAAGCCCCCGCUGCGGCUGGACCGAGAGGAGCCGCUCCUGGAGAAUGGGUGGGCCGGCGGGGCACCCGGGCCCGAGCCAGCCCCCAUCCUGAGGAAGGAGGUGGCCACCUACUUCAGCAAAGUGUGAAGGAGCAAGGCCGCGGCCCCAGAGAUAAGCUACAGGUCUGC